UGCUCAUGUUCAGUCAUAAACCUGAUAGUGCACCACCUACACUGAAAGUUGCUAUUAAAAACACAAAAAGGCAGCUCCACUACAGCUUCACUACUUUGAGUGAGGUUUACAGCAAAAUCCUGACAGCAAAAACACUGAAUCGUUGAAAGUACUAUGGCAGCAAGAUCCUCCUGUGGUCCAUGGAUUCAUCCAGGUUUAGUCUACGCUUCCAUUAUCUGGGUGACAGUAGCAGUCAGCAUUUCUGUGUGUGAUUGUAAGACCCUGGACACCAAACCAAAGGUGUUUUCAGACUGUGGGAAAAACGUGACCCUGACAUGCAAUGCCAGCACAAGUGUGGUGCAGGAUUCAAAACUGAUGAAAUUUGAAUGGCAAUUCAAGAAUACAACACUGUGCCAGUACGAGCAGAAUAAUUUCACCAGCAAGAUCCAGUGCAAAGGCGCAAACACAACAUCUGGACUCUCUCUCACUCUGACUAUCCGCAACAUAACCCCGACCGAUGAGGGGGUCUACCACUGCAAGCUACACUUAUCGCGUGAAGCAGCAAACGGGCAGAGCCACAUUAAAGUUGAAGACUGCCUUGGAAGUACUCACGAGUCCUUGGAUAAUGGCAACGCCUCAUGCACCUUUGACAGUGUUUACCCCAGUGGUGUAGUUCACUGGUACCAGGGAGAUUCAAACAUAACAAAUGCCUCCAAAACACAUGAAAAGCAAGAUAAGGAUGGGUUUUACAGAGUCAUGAGUGAAGUUCCCGUGAAGAUAGAAAACCACAGCCAACCUUAUAACUGCUCCCUGUGGAUGCCUUCAACGAACAGGUACAUCUUCAGUCAGCUUGUCUCAUUGGGCAGCAAAGGCCAACUCCAGUGGAUCUGCAUUACUAUGGGGAUUUUAAUGAGGAGCUUUAUCAUAUAAAGAAGACAGUUGUUUGAAAAAUUGAUUGAGAUAAAAAUGAGCCACUGAUUGUGAACUCACACAUAAACAUAAUUAAACAGAAGAAAAUGUUUAUGUUUAGGCUGAAAUAAUAAAGUAAAGCUUUUUAGCAUGGUUCUUCACUUGUUGGCAGUAAUGCAUUAAUGUGCAGUAUCUUAAAGAAGAUGCAAAAUGCCUUGAGUUAAUAAAAAUCGCUUUUUAGAUAUUUUUAGUUUCUUGUGGUAGUAUUUUACAUACAAUCAUUUAAAUUUCUGAAACAUUCUUUGUUUACAGCAUUUUUUUUCACACCUGCUGUACUGUAGUAAAAUAAACCUCUUUACAACGUUGCUGUUACAGUAACUAUGAAUACCUGAGUGUUCUGUUGCUUUCAUUUGCAUGAAAGUUCACAGCUGUCAUUUCUGUCUGCUUUAGUUUGCAAUGUUUAACACAUUAUAUGUGACAUUAAUGUAAAAAUGGAGCUUGUUUUUAAGUAGCUUACUGGGGAUAAAUGUUGUGGGUAUUGUGCAUGGUGUAUCUGCUUUGGAACUAUCUUGCAUGAAACUGUAAUACAAUUUUUAUGACUUAUGGAAAUAAGCAAUGCCCAAAAUAUAGCUUUCUUUAAAUAAUGAUGUUUUUUGAUUAGAUUCUGUCACUGUGAACCUUCUGUAUGAAUGAGUCUUUCUUUCUCUGAGAUAAAAUCAUUGUUUGGUCAAAUUAAAGAACUAAACAGUCCUCUGUUUGCAAAGUAAA